AUGUAUGAGAUAAAACUUCAGAUAACCCAUUUAAAUACAGAUAAAACGGAUGCUGUCGGAAGUCAAAACCUGAUUGUGGCCGCCUUCGACUUCGGGACCACGUACAGUGGAUAUGCGUUCUCAUUCAAAGACUCUCCAAAUGACGUCAAAACUAACAACGGUUGGACUGCCGGAUCUGGUCAACUUAUCUCACACAAAACAUCGACAAGUGUUCUUCUCAAUCAGAAUGGUGAGUUCCAUUCAUUUGGAAUUGAUGCCGAGGACAAGUAUUCGUCUUUGGCAGGAGAAAGAAAACACCAUGGUUGGAGACUGUUCAGAAGAUUUAAGAUGGUCCUACACAGUCAGCAAAUUUCGCGUUCAACAACAGUUGAAGAUUUGGAAGGUAAAACAUUCCCAGCCAAACCGAUUUUUACGAUGUCGCUCAAGUAUCUACAGAAACACCUGUUGGACGCUUUGAGUUUGCGUACAAUUGGGACGAGAGAAACUGACAUCAGAUACAUUAUUACUGUACCAGCUAUCUGGGGAAUAGCUGCAAAACAGUUCAUGAGAGAAGCAGCGAUUGAGGUACAGAACAGUUUAUAA